AUGGCUCGCCAUUUCGUCCGUUCGUUUGUCAUUGCUGCGGCGCUCAGCCCUUUCGUUCAUGCUGGGCCAUGCCGCCCCUCUUCGAGCUCCGUAGCGGUCGUUACGACUACUACGGAUACCAGUGUCGCGACGAGUUCUGCUACAACUCACACCAAGGAGUCGAGCUUGACUGAGUCUCUGUCUAGUACCUCCACCGAGACCUCUGCCGCCCUUAGUGAAAGUAGCUCAACCAUUGGCACUGCUACUGAGACCAGUGUCACUAUCAGUGAGAGCGGAUCCACCACAGAGUCUGCUUCUGCGACCUCAUCCGAGACUACUCUCGCUACCAGCAAGACUGAAUCUGGUUCCACCAGCGUCGAGCAGUCGACCACGACUGGUUCUACCAUCUCAACUGACAUCACCACUACCGCCAGUGAGAGCGACUCAUCUGCCGGCACCACUCUAGCUGCCACUACCUCAACUGAGUGUACCGAGCCAGAGCCUCCUGUCUAUGAUGACCCCUUCACUCAUACCAACACUGAGGAGCUACCCGCUACCACAUCCGAGGCGGCUACCACCACUGAAGAUGCUCAACCCACCAUUGUCCCGAGAAACUUCGUUCGAAGAGGCCACCCAGAGAUCUUUGUCCGGGAUGCAACCAGUGAAGCCGGUCUCGCCAACAGUGAAGCUCCUACCACCACUACCGAGGAUGCAACUACCACUACUGGAGAAGCUACCACUUCCGGAGAAGCCACUACUACGGGAGAGACAACUGCCACUUCUGAAGACACCACUGCUACCACUGAAGGUCCUACCACCACAACAGAUGAGGCUACCACCACCACUGAGGAGACUACCACUACUGCUCUCGAAACGGCGACUGGUUGCAUCAACAAUAUGGAGAGACCAACGCCCGAGGGCGCCAACUGUGGUGCAAGGGGAUGGAUCCAGGGCACUUCCAACGAUUGGAGAUACUUAGGCGAAGGCCCAUCUUCCUCUGUUCUCGAUUGCUACACGGCUUGUCAGAAGAAGAGUAACUGUGUGACGUUCUUAUACGAGAAAAACGCACAGUGCAGUCUCUAUAGGGGCACUGCCACUCAGCUCAGCUCAGAUCGAACUGGUGUCAAGACUUAUGAGACGCAAUGCUUCUGCGACACCGGUGUUGAGCCUGCUCCGACCUGCUCCUACGAUGACCCAUUUAGCAACGGCGGUUUCGAGGAUGGUACAUUGGCCCCAUGGGUAGAACAUCCAAACCCUGGUGGCUAUGACCCCGUCUACUCCAAAGUCGUCCCCGGCGGUGAGGGCGGUUCGUCGUAUCAUUUCCAAACCGGCCAGUUCGAUGCCGACAAGAGCCUCUGGUUAUAUCAAGACAUCAAGGCCUGCCCUGGAACCAGAUUCUACUGCAGCUACAGCUGGUGGUGGAAUGAGUACUAUGAGAUCGAACAAGAUAAUGGGGAUGUCCUGGUUCCAUACGUUCGCGUUUAUCAAGGCAACACCAAUGUUGUUGGAAAUAGAUGGCCUACAGGCGAGGACCAGACAAAGACGUGGGUUCCUGCGGAGUUUACUUUCACCAUGCCAAGUAGUGGCUCAACGAGGAUUUGGUUUGUUGCUAGCAGUCCUCAGGGUGAAUGGAUCAACACCAGCGAUGACACUUGUAACCCCAACUGGGUUCACAGAUCCAACUGGUUCGCCCUGGACUCGAUAGCUUGUCGCAGCUAG